AUGGCUGGAAGUCGUUUGGAAAAACUAGGAACCAUAUUUACGAGGGUUAACGGUCUGAUAAAGUCCGGUGCAAUGAAAAUUGAUGAUCGACCCAUUUGGUACGAUGUGUACCGGGCGUUUCCACCUGAAUCGGAGCCACAUUAUGCAAAGCCGUCUCAACCGAUCAAAAUACCAGACAUAUAUUACCCAGAGGAUACAUUCAGAGCUAUGUUUCACAAAGAGACUCGUGGCCAAUUGCCACCAAUCAAUUUGCGAGAGACCCAACAAAAUCAAAAUGCCACAAACCUAGCUGUAAACAUGGUAGUAGCUGAUCCAUCGCUUUCUGUAAAUCAAGUAAUUGAUUCACUGAAAAAAAAUAAUAUUCUGCAAGUUUACAAAACUUCAUCCAAAAGAGUCGACCCCACAGCUAUAAAUGAUAGUACAAAUAAAUCUGAUGUCUAUGAAACCAAUGUUCAUACAAAAGAAAGUAGUUCACAGUAG